CUUAUCUCCGCACUAAACCGCUCUUGGCAUCGGAACCGGCCGUCUCCCGAAAACAUCAUGUCAAUUAUUGGCAGAAUCUCCCCCUUGGUUCCACUACGAAGAACUGCUGUGGAGCUGAAAGGAAGCUCAAUCUUGGAAAUGAUGGCGGUUCUCAUCCUGUACCUUGCAAGGCUUGAUUGACCUUAUAAGACACAUCUCCCUCACUGGACGCAAGCAGUACCCUCUCGUCUGCGGCCACGUACGUACAUUAGAGUUCUGUAAGGUACCUGUAGAUAAGAUUACCACUUAAGGUUCAUCUAUAUCUGAUCAGUGGCACACGCAUCAGUGUUGAAAGGUGAGACCAUGCUGUUCGACUACUGCUCAAGCAAUCAUGCUGACUGGAAAGGAAACAGGUCGGAUUGAGCUAACCCUCUAUAUCGCUCUUUUUGCUCAUUUUAUCCCUUGAUCUUGCCCGGUCACAUAUUGAUCCGUCCGAGUUGAGCUUGUCCUACUCGGUCUUCUUGCAGCACUCGUCAAUUUGAAGAACACAGACGAUCACGUCAACAUGGCUCCCACGUACAUUGUCUUCGUCGGUACAUUCGUCCACCUCCCUCGGUCGACACCGACCGCCCUCGCUAUCCACCAGGGCGCGUUGUGGGUUUCCACCGCCGACGGCCGGAUCAAAGGUACCGACUGGACUAUCAUUACCGACCGGGAUCUUCGCGUUCUGUUGAAAGAAAAGGGUUGGAUCCCGGAGGACGCUCCCCGAUAUAAGUCUGGGACGAGAGUUAGCAUUGUCCGGGCAAGGGAAGAACAAAAUGAAUUCUUUUUUCCUGGGUUCAUCGACACCCACAUUCACGCGCCCCAAUACCCCAAUAAUGGACUUUUUGGUUCCACCACGCUCCUCGACUGGCUAAAGCAGUACACCUUCCCCAUGGAGGCCUCGUUCGGGAGCUCCCUCCCCAACAUCCCAUCCCCAAGAGCUUUUAGAGUCUACAACCAAGUUGUCUCACGCACCCUCGCCAACGGCACAACCUUCGCCUCAUACUUCGCAACCAUCCACGUCUCAGCCACGAAUCUGCUGGCAACCCUCUGCCAGAAACGCGGCCAGCGCGCCCUCAUCGGCCGCGUCUGCAUGGACAACCCCGAUUUCUCCCCAGAUUACUAUAUAGACCCCUCAACCGAAGACUCCAUCACCCUAAACAAAGAAGUGAUCUCAUACAUCCAAUCCAUCGACCCAAAAGGCACCAUGAUAAAACCCGUCAUCACCCCCCGCUUCGCCCUAACCUGCACCCCAACAGCAAUGCGCGGUCUCGCCGACCUAGCCGCCUCCUAUUCCCCCCCUCUCCAUCUCCAAACACAUAUCUCCGAAAACACCCAGGAAAUCCACGAUGUGCACUGCCAAUUCCCAGACGCCGCCAGCUAUGCCGACGUCUAUGACGCAUAUGGCCUCCUCACACCACGCACCAUCCUCGCCCACGGCGUCCAUCUCUCGCCCGACGAACAAGACCUGAUCCACGACCGUGGAGCCAAGAUCUCCCACUGUCCGGCCUCCAACUCCGCCCUGGGAUCCGGCAUCUGCCCCGUCCGCAUACUCCUCGACAAGGGGAUCACCGUCGGACUCGGCACAGACAUUAGCGGUGGGUAUAGUCCCAGUAUCCUGGAGGCUGUUCGACAGGCCUGUCUCGUGUCCCGGUUACUUCGGCACGUGGGACCGGCCCCCGAGGGUGAUGAAGGGAGGAAGCUGGUGCUUAGUGUCGAAGAGGCGUUAUACCUCGCUACGCGGGGCGGUGCGGCCGUUGUGAAUAUGGAGGAUGAUAUCGGUGGAUUCGAUAUCGGUAUGCUGUGGGAUGCGCAGAUGAUUCAUCUGGGGAGGUUCUUGCCUGCCUGUAGAUAUGAUAAUGGGGAAAGUCGGGUUGACGUCUUUGGGUGGGAGGAAUGGGGAGAGAAGAUCCAUAAAUGGGUGUGGAGUGGAGAUGAUCGCAAUGUGAAGGGUGUUUGGGUCGGAGGGAAGUUGGUGUAUGGGAGGAACGAUGUGGAAGGCGGGAAUCGGGGUGGAUGGUGGAGUUGGGUGCUGAGUGCUGGUGUUGUGGGUGUGGGUGCUGUUAUUGCAUUUCGGAGGCUGAGGUUGUAAGAUUUAUAGACUAGCCUGUUUGUAUGUUUUGAGGCUUUUUGGUUUGGCUAUAUCUGGUCUAAAUUCAGGUACCAAACAAUCCUCCAUUACUUUACACUAUAAACAAGCCUGGGCACUCUAACCAGCAAAACGUGAUAUAUACAGAACAUCAUAGGACACCGCGGAAAACGCUCAUCCGUUACUGAAACAACUCAACACAAUCG